CCCAACUUCUCAUUUUCCCUCUUUCACAAGCAGUCCCUCUCUUUCUCUCUCCCUACUAUCUAUCAAACCUCCUUUUUGACUAAAAGAACUUCACAACUGGGAGCUGGGUAUCACUUGUUCUAAUCUCUAAUCCAUUUCACCACCCCCUUUCCUUUCUGUCUUUUGAUUAUAAUGGGCAAAUAAAGACUUGUUUAUGAAAUGGGUUCCCUUUUCUCCAUGGUUUUAGGUUUCAGCUGUGGGUAGAGAUUUGUUUUUUUCCCCCUACCUUUUUCACUAUUUUCUGGAGAUGGGUCUGGGUCCUGAUUCUUCCAAACCCAAGUUGCAGUUUGAGGUGAAAUCAAAGGGCAACAACAACAAGAAGAAGAAGAAGCAGAGAGAUGUUGUGGUGGGUAGGAAUAGGUCAGAGGAAGAUUUUGGCUGCUGGAUUAGAUUGAGGCUGAUCGGUGGUUGCAUGCCUUCAAGAUCAAAAGUUGAUAGCUCCUUGAGUGGCAUCACUAAUCAAUAUGCUGAAAGCCAGUCUGCAAAUGAGAAAAUCAAAGACCAACCAGUUGUCCCAGUAUUGUCGUCUACGACUACUAGUAAUGCAGAGAGUACAGCAUCAACACCUAAAUUCAGCGAGGAACUAAGGCUUGCUUCUCAGCUGCGGAAGUUCACGUUCAAUGACCUUAAACUAGCGACUAGGAACUUCAGGCCCGAAAGUCUGCUAGGGGAGGGUGGUUUUGGAUGUGUCUUCAAAGGGUGGAUUGAGGAGAAUGGGACUGCUCCAGUUAAACCAGGAACCGGUCUCACUGUCGCAGUGAAAACCCUGAACCAUGAUGGCCUUCAGGGUCAUAAAGAGUGGCUUGCUGAAGUUAAUUUUCUUGGGAACCUUCUCCAUCCGAAUUUGGUCAAGUUGAUUGGUUACUGCAUUGAAGACGACCAAAGGCUGCUGGCGUACGAGUUUAUGCCUCGUGGAAGCUUGGAGAACCACCUCUUCAGGACAGGGUCCUUGCCACUUCCUUGGUCAAUCAGAAUGAAAAUCGCACUUGGUGCUGCUAGAGGUCUUGCAUUUCUUCAUGAAGAAGCUGAAAGACCAGUAAUAUAUCGUGAUUUCAAAACAUCAAACAUCUUAUUGGAUGCGGACUACAACUCCAAACUUUCCGACUUUGGCCUUGCAAAGGAUGGUCCCGAGGGAGAUAAGACUCAUGUAUCUACACGAGUUAUGGGGACAUAUGGCUAUGCUGCCCCAGAGUAUGUGAUGACUGGACACUUGACGUCAAAGAGUGAUGUAUACAGCUUCGGAGUAGUUUUACUAGAAAUGUUAACUGGUCGGAGGUCCAUGGACAAGAACCGACCUAACGGGGAGCACAACCUAGUGGAAUGGGCAAGGCCACAUUUUGCCGACAGAAAAAGGUUCUACAGAUUAUUAGACCCUCGUCUCGAAGGCCAUUUCUCGAUCAAAGGUGCUCAGAAGGCUAUACAACUAGCAGGGCAGUGUCUCAGCCGCGAUCCAAAAGCCAGGCCUAGAAUGAGUGAGGUAGUUGACACAUUAAAGCCUCUACCAAGCUUGAAAGACAUGGCCAGCUCUUCUUACUUCUUCCAGACUAUGCAAGCGGAGCGCAACAAGUCGAACUUGAAUUCCAAGAAUGGGGUUAGAACUCAGGGUGGAUUUAUGACGAGGAACGGUCAAACUCUGAGGAGCUUAUCGAGCUUAAGCGAUGCACGUGCGGCUUCUCCAUAUAACCAGCCUUGCCAGUCACCAAAACCUAAUGGGAAGAAGUCAUAGCAGUGGUUGGGUGGGAUCAGAGCAUGUGUUGUUUAUAUAUUGAAAUUUUAGGUCCUAUUGGGUGUGGAUUUGCCACUUCCAUGGUUAAGUAUCAGGAAUUAGAACCAUAGGUGGCCCCCCAUUGGGAUCUUUGGUGAAUGCAUCUUCUUUGUGUAUCUGUGUAAGUAAAAUGACAAAGAUAGCCUCUUUCUUCUCCUGGCCUUCAAAAGUGUGGAGCCUUGGUAUCAGAAGUCAACAGGGGGUGAUAUUGGAAUCAAAGAAAUGGGUAUUAGAGAGUUGGAAUUAGUAGUGUGAUUAACAGCUGCUGGGCAUGGUAAGUACAUGGAACAGAAAGUAAAUCUGCUUCUUUUUCGAUAUCUUUUCCCCCCUUUUCUGAAUGUAGUCAUUCAAUGAUGUUUCAUUAACUUGGUCAUCAGUCCUGCUAUUAGCCUUCUCCAUUUCUGUUAAGCUCCUGUUGUUGCUUUCUUCUCCCCUGGAGCUAACUGGUGCCAUUUUUAUUGUUGGGAGGAAGAUUAUAGACACUAUCCAUCUGUAAAGAGGAAUGAAGCACACAAGUUGGUGCUGUAAAGUUAUCCUCUUUUUC